CUGUUGUUUCAAACGGUGCUCCCUGGCUCUGCUCCACACCUCAUAAAUAACAGCUCUCACCUCACCUUUAGCUACGGAAAGAAGCAAAAGCAAGCUGCUUGUUUCUUCAGCAAGCCUAAGGUGCUCUCUUGGAGAGGCAGGACUGAGCACUCUAUUAUUAACUGACAUUAUUGAGGAAAUACUCUUGCUUUCUCUUUUUGGCUGCAUUUAUUUUUUUGCCACGACUGUGGCAGCAUCUUGAUGGGGAAGCUAAUCUCCAAAGGCCAGCGCAAAAGGGAUCCUCGAGUUGUCAUGCUGGGGCUCGACUUUGCUGGUAAAUCCACCCUUCUGUACAAACUGAAGAGCGGCCAGGCUGUGGAGACCAGCCCAACGGUGGGCUUCAAUGUGGAGUCUCUGCAAACACCCUGUUACAUAUCCUUCACCCUCUGGGAUGUUGGGGGACAAGGCAGUCUGCGGAUAAGCUGGCCUCACUACCUGGAGGACACCAACGCUCUCGUCUUUGUGCUCGACAGCACAGACACAGCCCGGCUGCCUGAAGCCCUGGCAGCACUGGAGGAAGUCCUGAGCCACCCCAGCAUGGCUGGUGUCCCCAUCCUCCUCCUGGCCAACAAGCAGGAGGUACCGGGAGCACUGGCUCCUGCUGAGCUUGGGGAGAGGCUGCCUCGGAGAUGCCUGGCCGGGCACCGCUGGGUGCUCAGAGGGUGCAGUGCCCACACUGGACAGGGCCUGCAGGAAGCCCUGGCUGUCCUGGGAGAGCUGCUGCGGGGUCCAACGUAGAGCUCUCCAUCCCAAGAGCAACCCCUCGCAGGGCUGGCAGGGAGGUGACAAGCCCUGGGGCAAACCUGAACCUCACACGGACCCUUCCCACAUGUUGCUGCAGAGGAUCCCAGACUCCAGGUGCCUCCUAAAAUGAGCAGCUGGCACAUACCAUGCUGAAAAACACCCAGCUCCUCACCACCGAAACCCACCAGGGAGAUCUCUGAAAAAAAUCCUACUGUAGAGCAUUUUUGGCUCCAUCUCUUGGGCUCCCAUUACCUGCUGCAGCUUGCUCUGCAGUUACCAGGCUCUGCUCAUCCACUGUGUGUGUCCAGUGCUUCAACAGGGAUGCUUUUUGCCAGAGACGCAGCCAAGGACAGAGGGAUUUUUUCCUUUCCAUGGCUCCUGGCCCCAGUGCAGUUAUCCUGAUGGAGUGAUCCCCGUGGAGGAGUGUUUGAACAUGCCCCAUGCCAUUUCUUGCUCAGCUCAAAUCAUGCAAGCUGGAAAAGCAGCUGCUGCUAAAAGGCAAUGGCUGAACUGAAGCAGCAUAAAGGCAGGCCUUCAAAUAGUCAACAGCUCAUUGAUUUUAAUGUGGCAUCUAUGAUUUUUGUCUUCAAGCCAUGGACAUAAGUCAGGA